AUGGAUCCUCUUAUCAAGGCUCCAGGAGGCGAGCCCUUUGACCCUACGUUUGUACUGAGUCGCUCAGGGUCCAACAUUAUCUGUUCCGUGCUCUUCGGCAGCCGCUUCGACUACGAUGAUGAGCGUCUGCUCACCAUUAUCCACCUUAUCAAUGACAACUUUCAAAUCAUGAGCAGCCCCUGGGGCGAGACACCCUUCGUCCUCCUCCAAAACCCUCCCACUCUGUCUGGUCCCCAGUUGUACGACAUCUUCCCGAGCCUCCUGGACUGGGUGCCCGGGCCGCACCAACGCAUCUUCCAGAACUUCAAGUGCCUGAGAGACCUCAUCGCCCACAGCGUCCACGACCACCAGGCCUCACUAGACCCCAGAUCUCCCCGGGACUUCAUCCACUGCUUCCUCACCAAGAUGGCAGAGAAGAAGGAGGACCCGCUGAGCCACUUCCACAUGGAUACCCUGCUGAUGACCACACAUAACCUGCUCUUUGGCGGCACCGAGACGGUGGGCACCACGCUGCGCCACGCCUUCCUGGCACUCAUGAAGUACCCGAAAGUUCAAGGUGAGGCCCACCCACACAGCAGCGUGGAGGUGCCCAUGUGUUCCAGCCUCACCCCAGAGCAGGAAGCCACGACCCCGCCUCCAGUCCCGCCUUCCACGUCUGAUAUAGCCUCCUGCUGGCACCAGGAUUCCACAGCCAAACCCACAAACCCACACGGAGGCCAAUCCCACCACGUGGCCCACGAGGUCCACGCAGCCUGCCUGAAUCCCGACCCAGAUCCCACCCGCUUAAUUGUUGGUUUUUUUGUUUUUGGUUUGUUUUUUGGAGACGGAGUCUCGCUCUGUCACCCAGGCUGGAGUGCAGUGGCAUGAUCUCGGU